AUUUCCCCCAAUGCCUCUGGUUCCCAUCUUGCUUCUGUGGCUGGUAAAAGAAAAGGGAGGAAUGAGAAAAGGUGUGUCACCUUACAAUCCCAUCUUUCUUCCAGUCUCUGGCCUGCUGGUCUUUGGGAAGCAGAACAGAGAAAACUGAUGUUCUGGAAAGAGAGGCUGAGAGACAUACAGUCAGCCUACUAAAUUUGCAUAAUCAGCUCCCUGAACAGAAGACCUACCGGGAAGAGCCAAUGCUCCUGAAUCCCACACCAACCAACAUUUUGUUUUUUCAACUUAGAAAAACAAAGUCCACAAAAAAAUCUUCAGGUUAGCGAUUUCUGUAGAAAUUUUACCAAAACACACCCUGCAGGAGCUGAUUUUAUGUCACAGUCUGGAGAAGUCUGGGGCUUCUAGUUUGUUCCUGAGAAUUGUGCUGUGUAGACUCUGCUUUCCAGUUGCUGUCUCUUGAGGCUAAGAUUCCUGCCAAGAUGCUCCACUUGCAGGGUCCACAGAUGCUGCAGCUGCUGGAGAAGUCCUUGCUGAAGCACCUCCCUGAGUCCUUAAAGGUCUAUGGAACUGUCUUCCACAUAAACCAGGGGAACCCAUUCAAGCUUAAGGCCCUGGUGGACAAAUGGCCUGAUUUUAAUACUCUGGUUAUUCGUCCUGAGGAGCAGGAAAUGACAGAUGACCUGGAUCACUACACUAAUACUUACCAGAUCUAUUCCAAGGAUCCCAAGAACUGUCAGGAAUUCCUUAGCUCACCGGAAGUCAUCAACUGGAAGCAACACUUGCAGAUUCAAAGCUUACAGGCCAGCCUGGAUAAGGUGAUAAAAAACCUUGUAGCCAUUCAUUCGGGCCAAGUCAAGCAUACACAAUGCUUUCUCUACAUGGUACAUGACACAGCAAAGAAACUGGCUCCUUCGAUGCUGGAUGGAAAGAACGCAUCUCCCGAUGGUGACAAACCCAAGUCCCUCAACCAAGAGCUGUUUAAACACUCAUCCCUGGAUAUUACCCAUGCUGCCUUGGUGAACAAAUUCUGGCAUUUUGGUGGCAAUGAAAGAAGUCAGAGAUUCAUUGAGCGCUGUAUCCGGACCUUCCCCAGCUUCUGUCUGCUGGGGCCUGAGGGGACCCCUGUGAGCUGGACCAUGAUGGACCAGACUGGAGAGCUGCGAAUAGGAGCUACUGUGCCUGAGUACCGAGGCCAAAGUCUCCUUUAUCACAUCGCCCGAUGCCAGAUCCAGACUCUGGGAAAACUUGGCUUCCCCAUGUAUGCUCAUGUGGAUAAGGCCAACCACAUCACACAACGAGUGACCCUCAGGCUGGGUAAUAUCCCCAUGCCCUUUGACUGGAACCAGUGGAACUAUGUGCCUCUGUGAAAGUGGCCCUGGACAUAAGUCAGUAUUCAGUGACUUUGCAUGUGGCUGGAGAAGAGGAUGGGUAAACGGGGGGAAGGAAUACAUUGUAAUGGAGUAGCCUGUGAGUUCGAGGAAAUGGGGAUGAGUGGUGAACAGCAGAACCGGGGUCCCUGCCCUCAAAUGCCUAAUGAACUUUGCUUUGCUUCCUCAGCAUGAAAUUGAACCAGUACCCUACUCCCAGGCUAGCUCAGCUCCCACAUUCUCAGGGUCCCUGCAGGUGUUUCUAUGUUGCUCUCCUAACUCAUGGACCGUUGUGCAUUCGCCAGGAAGUGGGUUCUAUGAUUUCCCCCUCUGGCUUCCUAUAGCUUUUCUUUUAUUGGCUGGAGAAUAGCCUGUUUCCUGAACAGGUCUUUUGAAAAAUCAUUUUUUUUCCAGGCUUCCUAGGCCUUGAAAUAUAUUACAGACAUGCACAAUCUACACAAAUACAUUACACAUGAAAUAUAUUACACACAGGCACGAUAUACACAAAGCAAUAAUGAGAAUAAGUAAGAAGACACUCAGAAUAUUUUUGCAACGAGUCUUAAUAUCUUUUGCCAUGAGUUAUCUUUUGCAAUUCAUACCCCGGGAAGGGUAAUCUGGCAUUGCUUCUAGAGGCUGAGCUUCCUUAAUCCCCCACCCUCCAUGAUCCUGUCAUAAUCAAGAGAUUCUAAAAACAGAAAGAUUAUUUGAUUCUUUGGUUGUGGAAGCUUAAUCUACAUGGUUCGUGAGGGGAUAUGGAUGUAGGGAGAGGAGAAAGUGAGAAGACUCAGACCAGGGAGAGGGAUAUUUAUUAUCAGGCACAAGCCUGUGGGAGGCUUUGUAUAGGAUUGAGACCGGGUUCCACCUGGUAGCAGCACACUGCUUUGAGAUACCUGAACCCUGUGCAGUACAAGUGAGGGCCAUGUAGGAAUCUGGUGAAUAAAGGAGGCCACCAGGAAAGUCAUCUCUGAGUCUCCCUAGAAGACUGCCCAACAGUGCUAGAGAAAUAACACCCACUGAAAGGAGAAAAGAGAGAGACCCUCACCAAGUUGGGACUUGAGUCAUCACAGCCCAAUUCCUCCACACUUGAACACCAGCUAAAACCCACCCCAGAACUGUCCUGGAGUCCUUGAGAGAAGAAGGGCUUUGUGAUAUGGGUGUAAAGAGAGGAGAGACUCCUGAUGUGGAGCAACAGAAUUUACAAUACUAGAGAGAGAGAGAUCCCAUCACCCCCAGCCUACAGAAACCAUAUCUUUAAUCUCAGUAGGGAAUGUUGGCUUUGCAUUAUCCGUCAGUUAACAGUCAAAUAAAGUGAUCUGAAAACACUGCAAAUAUAGGCAUUGGAAGCCUCCUGUAGCAGGGAGUAGGCCAUUAGUUCCUCCAGUCCAAAACUUAAAGCCUGAGGCUAUUGGUCCUGUGGCUCCAAGCAAUUAUUUAAGAAUUUCUUCAAAGUCUGCACUCAGUUUGCUGUGAAUGACAGAAUUAUCUACUUUCUCCCCCAGGCUAAAGCUGCCAGAGGAGGAUAAAAAUACAAGGAUGCUUUCUACUCCUUUAAAUUCAUUUUCAAAAGUUCAUUUUGAUAGAGGCUUUCUUAUUCUAUUCCCAAAUCUGAAACUUUUAACAAUUUCUUUUAAGAACCUGUAGGUUGUGUGUAGAUUCACUUAUAAAUUUAGUUUUCAUUAAGUAAUUUUAAAUGUUCCGAAUUGUAUUUAUAGAUUUUGUUUUCCUUAUAAAGAUUUUGAUUCUCUGGUCAUAAACAGCACCAUCCUAAAAGACAAAUAAUUCUUAAAAGUCUAAUAAACAAAUAAAAAUAAAUCAAGAUUCCAAUAAUGGUGGGAGCUGGGAAUUCUUUCGAGAAUCUCCACUGCAACUCCACCACCAUGGCUCCUCUAGGCAUCGCCAGUCUGAAGCCACCACUGUCCUUUGUCAAACCUCUUUCUGACCUUCCAGACUUUCCUUUGAAAUUUCAGUGAAAGCUGCCGCGACCCCACAGCUCUUGCCUUCUGCAUACCUGCAAAACCAGCAUCCCGUGGCUGCCAAGGUGGACUUCAGGCAUGAGCUGUACCUGGGCCCACUUGAACCAUGACUGUGAGCUGAGAAACAAAUCCCAAGUCCAUGGAAAGUGGCCUGGACUCAAUUCCUGAACAGCUUUGUCCAAGAAGGCCUCUGGGUGUCUGAUGGAACGGGCAGCCUUAAAGAUUUCUAAGAUACCCUCAAGGGCUUUUCCAGAUGGUCCUGAUUCUCAGCAUUCCUGUUGAUCUCCUUAGGAGGCUGAUGCAUGGCCACGCCAUCCUCUUAUGUGCAUCUUUACCAGGCUGCGAAGUUUCUGAAUCUUUCUGCUCUGUAUUCACUCUCAAGUCUCUCUGUAAAUGCCAUUAAUAGCAAAUAUACCCAUGCCACAGCCUGAAGGCUUUGCCAUUCAGACAUUUCUUUCACACAUAUCUUAGGUCAUAUCCUUUAAAUGUGGCCUUCCAUGAAGCUCUAGAGCAUGGAAAUGAUGCAGCUGUGUUCUUUGUAAUGGUGUAACUGGGAUGACCUACUUUCUAACUACCAAUUGAUCCUCAUUUCCAUCUGAGACAAGUUCCUUCGUCUCCUCAUCUUCUGACUUCUCCAUAGAAUUGCCUGUAAUAUUCUGCAUCCAGCCUUACGAGCCUUUUCUAGCCUACUACUCCAAAUUCUUCCAACUUCUAUUAUCCAAUUCCAAAGCUGCCUUCAUGUUCUUGAAGAGUUAUGGUAAGGACUUCACUCCUCUGAACCAAUUUUCUGUAUUAGUCUGUUUUGUGUUGCUGAUAAUACAAUACUAUAAACUAGAUUAUAAAGAGAAGAGAUCAUUUUGGUUCACGAUUCUGGUUGAAGCUCAAGAGGCAGCAUGAACAAGGGGUGAUUAUGGAAAAAGGGAGACGUGAGACUGAAAAGACAAGUGGGGAUGGUUGUGGCAGGCGUGGAUACAAGGGUGGAGGGGGGACUGGCUUUCCUAAGUACAUAAAGUAAAUAAAUUUCACUUAUAUUAAUUGAAGGGGAUGGCGGAGGCAAGGGACAGAUGCUGGGGGUUAGGUAGACGUCUGAUGGGAAUCCGUGGAAGUUCUUUUUAAGGGAUGAGAAAGAAAUGACUUGCAGAUAAAAUAUCCAGAGGAGCCAGGGUCUCCCAGAGGACAUAGCCUAAAUUUGCUUAGCCAGAGUGAUGACCCAGCUGCAGGUGUCCACUUGAACUCCUUGACCACUUCUGUGCUCAGACACCAGAGGCCACACCCCAACAUCUCUGAUGGGUACUAUCAGGUACUGCUACUAGAACCACAGCUCCUGCCCCCACUGCCACCAGUCUGCUUAGCUAAAGACCAGAAUGUGCUUAUCUAUGUUUGAGGUAGUCUAUGUCUUGUUCCUAUACCCUAACUGCAAAUGGUGUUAGGAGGGCCUGUAGCCAAUAUUUUCAACUACUUCAAUAUGGGAAACCACCUUGGCAUGGUAAGGCAGAGACUCUCCAAAUAUAAACAGGUCCUUCAAAUAUUGAAUAUCUAGAAAAGAAUUAUAAAUUCUAGGAGACAGCAUUCCUUAUCCUCACUCCCCCAACCUCCCACCACCUAACAAACACCACAAAUUAUUAUAUUGAAAUGAAUCCUAGGUAGCACAUCAUUUUGCCUGUCGAUACUUCAUUAGUAUCUUUAAAAGAUGACUUUAAAAAGUAUACCCAAUAUAAUUAACACAGUUAAAAGGAGUAAUUACUCCUUAAUAUUAUAGACUGUCCAGUCAGUGUUUAAUUUCCCCACCCAUGUCUCUUUAUAAUUGACUCGUUUGAACCAAAAUUUGAAUAAGUGUUCUAACUUACUCUUUUGUUUUUAUCACCGUUCAGUUUAUUUGUUGAAGGUAUCAUGUUGCUUGUCUUCUAGACAAACCUUCUAUAUUUGUUUAACCUGUUUUUAUGCAUCAUAGAUGUUGCUUAGAUUUUUUACAUUCUAGGUGUAAAAGUUUGCAUUCAGAUUUAAUUUUUUAGGAAGAAUAUUUCAUAACUGUGACUUCCUACUGCAUCACAUCAGUGAGCCGCAUAAAUUCUUUUGAGCAUGUUCAGACUUCUAUGUUUGGUCCAGCUGUUGUCAUACUUUUCCAAUCAUUAUGAAUUUCCUUGUCAGCUAUUCACCUUUUUGUUUUAGCAGCCACCGAUGAAAUUUACCUACAUGCAUUGAAUUGUAAAAUGUUCACUGGUUCUAGAUUAAUAAAUUCAAUUUUUAGAGCAAUCUUAGGUGGAGCCUAAAAAUUCCCCAGUACUGUUAAAGAGGUUGUUUGGAGAACCAAACUUUAAGAAUCACUUCUCCAAGUCAAAGUCUGGGUCUGGGCUAGGUAGACCAUGUGGCCACCAAGCAAUUUGGGCCCCACAUACGGUUUCCCUCAAAUCCAUACACAGUAGGAACAUACACUAAAUU